GAUAAAGAAGAAGGACAUUUUUAUCAAGAACGAAUUAAAUGUUCACCCGAAGAGGAAACAAGACUCGAAAGGCAGCACUUUUGGAAAGUUAUCGAUGCAUUUAGAUAUUAUAGGUAACGUUACUGCAAUUUCUUGUACACAUAAGUAGCUAGCUAGCUAACUAGAAUAUGAAGUCGAUAGCUAGCUUAAUUAGAUGGAUAGAACAUGUCAAUUUAGCACAACGUUUGUCAAAAGCGUUGGCAAAGUAUAACUAGAGGUGGUUAGAUAUCGAUUAGUCUUCACGUUGCUCACUUGGACAGCUGUGACAAGUAACGUCUCUGGCUGUGACGGCUUCCAAAACUGUUAGGCUAGCUAGCUAGAUCGCUAGUAGCCUGGUCAUUCUGUAAAUUAGUCGAUAGAAAAUUAACGCUUUAAGAUUAGAUACUGUUUUAUUACUAUGAUAAGAAUAUAACACACUCUGUAAAACAAGGAAUCCUUAAAAAAAACAUCUGAGUAUUAACGUUAACCUACCCAGACCAGAACUUGGUUGGUAGCUAUCGAUACAUUAGUAAGCGACAUUGUAAAAUGUUGUUCUAUGUGAAGGUGGAAUAGCUAGCUAGUCUCAUCUACACGCUCUGUGGCACCUGCCAUUGUGUUGUCACUGCAAGGAAAUCUGUGAUUGACUGCUGAUCAGUUUUGCAUCUCAGCAGCAAUAAACGAAAGUGUUUAACCAAAAGCAUUUUGGUCUCGUCAAUCAAAUUACCAUUUUUGGCGAAGGCUAUAAAAUGAAAAUUGUGUGCCCCCAACUGCUCAGCAGUGAUUUACAAUUUAUUGUUCAGGUGGAACAUAUUGUGCUCCAUGCAACCACACAAAUGGGUAUAAGUUUUACUUAAGAGAGUACGAGAUGUCGUAUCCAUAAUUGGAUUUGGCAGGUUCCGUUUGCUUCAGAUUCGGGUGGGUUUGUCAGAUGGGGUUUUUGUCCUUUUGAAGAUCUUUUAAAAAUGAAAUCUGUUUCACGCCUCUCCACUUUCACUAGCUUACUGCUUGUCUUUUUAGUAAGUAAUUCUUUGUUGGGAAAACAAAUUAUUUACCUUUUUAAAUGUAGGUUGCAUCAUACUUUCUGAACAGUGAUUAAUCACUAGUGAGUCACUGUGAAAACCUGCUCAGUAAGACAGAUCAUAACGUGUGGGGUUGUUUUGUAUACCGCCGCUGCCUACCAAAAUGCCUAACUGAUUUAUAUGGAGACUGUGUAUACAUUAUCUUAUUUUUUGUGUUGUUAUUUCUAUCACAUCAGCUGUUUAAAAAUAUCCCUGUUUUAUAUGUAUUAUUUCUCCCAUUUUGCCAUUCUUCGGCAUAUAGAUUAAGGAUACAAAAAGGCAGACAUGUGUCCAAUGUGGAAACUCUCCAGCAAAAUUGGGUGGGAUUCAAGAGAUUAAAUGAGCUUGGCUUGACCUGAAUUAAUAAAUCCUGAGGGAAAUGUAAGAGUGCAUGUGCAGGAGCGGGUGAACCGGGCAGAACGGCAGUUCCGGUUCCUUCCACAGCACCAUCAGCAACUUCUCCCACAGUUUCUGCCAAACUUGGAAAAGAUCCGUCACUGUGUCGACCACAACCAGGAAGUGCUGCAGGCCAUCAUCCACAACUGCGUCUACAUGUUUGAAAACAUGGAGUAUGGUGAAUAUGACGAUCAGAGGAAGAUGCAGCCCUCCUCCACGUUUGACAUGGACAAGCUUAAAUCCACCAUCAAGCAGUUCGUACGGGACUGGAGCGACACCGGGAAGGCAGAGAGAGACUCCUGCUACCAACCACUCAUCGAUGAGAUACAGAGACAGUUUCCGCCAGACCAGUGCGAUGUUUCCGAGGUCAACGUCUUGGUGCCUGGUGCUGGUUUGGGUCGGCUAGCUUGGGAAAUCGCACGCCAUGGCUACUCCUGCCAGGGGAAUGAGUGGAGCUUCUUCAUGCUCUUCUCCUCCCAUUUUGUGCUCAACAGGUGUGAGAAGGAGAACUCUAUGACCCUGUACCCUUGGUUGCACCAGUUCAGCAAUAAUAAAAGGUCCUCAGACCAGAUUAGGCCCAUUACCUUCCCGGACAUCAACCCCCAGAGUCUUCCGGAAAACUCCAACUUCUCCAUGGUGGCGGGAGACUUCCAGGAAGUGUACACUGAACCAGAUGCCUGGGACUGCAUAGCCACCUGUUUCUUCAUCGACACUGCCCAUAAUGUUAUUGACUAUGUGGAGACUAUCUGGAACAUUCUGAAACCUGGUGGGGUGUGGAUCAAUUUAGGUCCACUACUGUACCAUUUUGAAAAUAUGGCGAAUGAACUUUCCAUUGAGCUGAGCUAUGAAGAUGUAAAGGCUUCCAUCUUAAAAUAUGGAUUCGAGCUGGAGAUGGAGAGAGAAUCUGUCCCCACAACGUACACGGAGAACGAUCGCUCCAUGCUCAAGUACUUGUAUGACUGUGUGUUUUUUGUGAUGCGGAAACCAGUCCACCUGUGCAAUGGCCAGCAUGAUGGGGAAGAGGGCCACCAUGGGGAGCCACAGUGGACAGAAGGAAGGAACCAGACUACCACAUGACAUCCCACUGACUGAAUGUCGUGAGAAUCACAGUGCUCUAGAAAGUUGUAACUCUAAAGCACAAACCAUUGAUUCCCACUCGUGCUUUUGUGAUUCGCGGACAGCAAAAAUCAUCUUUUAUGACGCCAUUAAAACGGACACUUGCAUUGCAUUUGACAAAUGCCGUUUCUCCGCUUCUAAGGACAUAUAUGCCACGUUUAGGUGCCUCUUGUCACUUUUAUGUUGUCCUCCCUUUGAAGUGUUGCACACUUUUUUGGGGGACAUAUUUCUGCCAGUGUUUAUUUAUUUUCUUAGUCUACCCACAGAGAAUCCCUGGGCCUGGGAAUAGUCUUUGUUGACAUUUCACGGUGCUGAUUUAUAGUUGGGAGCAGCUUGUCACCACUGGAUAUUUUACCCUUCAAUAUACAAUUGGACAUUGGAUGGAUUUCUGUACUUUAUCUGAAUAUCAUGGGGCAACUUUACAAUAAAGCGAAAAGUUUUUUAUAUAUA